CGUUUCUCUGCCUGGUUUUUUUUUAUUUAUUGAUAGAAAGACAAACACCAGUGUUUCGUUUAACAAUAAUGUAAGUGUAUGUGCAUUAACCGAUUUAUUACGAGUUUUAAUUUUUUUAAAUUUGUAUACUCUUUUCAAUGUUCUUUUACUCUUUUUAAUUAAUUUUCAUUAUAAAAAGUGCAUUGCUCCUUAGAUCAAGUUUGCUCAUCCGUUCAUGGCUGCUACAGCCGUCGGUGUUACUACUGUUGUAUCCUGCACCGAGCGUCGUCGUGCACCCUCCUUGGCCCUUUAUCCGAGGCAGAACUAGAGGCAGGAUUAGAGAUUAUUUAUUUUGUUCUUUCUUGCAUAUGAAGAAAUAUGACGAGCUUAAGAAUCGGCAAAACAAUUCAAGACGAUGUUUGUUAUGUUGUCGCAAAAUAUGAUUAUGAAGCUCAAGGUGCUCAAGAAUUGGAUCUACGUAAAAAUGAGCGAUAUUUACUUCUGGAUGAUUCAAAACACUGGUGGAGAGUGCAGAGUUCAAGAGGUCAAGCAGGUUAUGUACCAAGUAAUUAUGUUAAAAAAGAAAAACCGUCACUAUUUGAUAGCAUUAAAAAAAAAGUAAAAAAAGGUUCCGGAUCAAAGACUUUACCAUCAAGUAAUUCACCAUCUCGUGUUGUUGAGUCUCCAAUAAUGCCUAGACGAUUACCAGCUGAUCCCAGUGAAGCUAUUGGAUCUGCGGUUGUUAAGUAUAAUUAUCAAGCUCAACAAAGUGACGAACUUUCAUUGGUUAAAGGAACAAGAAUCUUAAUACUUGAGAAAAGUAAUGAUGGUUGGUGGAGAGGACAAAGUGGUACACAAGCUGGAUGGUUUCCAUCUAAUUAUACACAAGAAGAAGGGGAUGCUGAUGAUACACUUCAUACUUAUGCAAUGGCAGAAAAUGUUUUAGAUAUUGUUGUAGCUCUCUAUUCCUUUUCAUCGAAUAAUGAUCAAGAACUUUCAUUUGAAAAAGGGGAUCGCCUUGAAAUUUUAGAUCGGCCACCAGCUGAUCCAGAAUGGUACAAAGCAAGAAAUGGUCAAGGACAAAUCGGUCUGGUUCCUCGAAAUUACCUUCAAGAACUUAGUGAAUACUUAACGCAACCUUAUCGUGACCGUGUGGGAGUAGGUGGUGGUGGUACCAAUACUAGCAGUGAUAUUGGGUUAGGUGAUUCUUUAGAAAGAAGAUCUGAUCAUCCUCGCUCCAACUCUACAACUGGUAUUACUAAUACUGUAACCGAUAGACCACAUUUACUAGGAAAACCCUGGUAUUAUGGUAGCAUUACACGUUCACAAUGUGACACACUUUUAAAUCAACAUGGACAUGAUGGUGACUUUUUAAUAAGAGACAGUGAGACCAAUAUGGGAGAUUACUCAGUUUCACUAAAAGCACCAGGGCGUAAUAAACAUUUUAGGGUACACGUUGAAGGUGCAUUGUAUUGUAUUGGUCAAAGAAAAUUUCAUACAUUGGAUCAACUCGUAGAUCAUUAUCAACGAGCACCAAUUUAUACAAAUAAACAAGGAGAAAAAUUGUACUUGGUACGAUCAUUACCAAAAACCGGAAAUCCUAGUAAUAAUGGUUGCUAGGCUUGUGCAUUUCAUUCUUUAUCGACUGAAAAUAACAAUUAAUAAUUAUACAAUGUUUAGUUUA